GGGCGGUGUUGCCGGCGCCCGCCGCCAGGGGCGGUGUUGCCGACUCCCGCCGCCAGGAGCGCUGUCGCUGCGGGGGGAAACCGGCGUGCCGCCGUCACAGCCGCCGUGGACGUGGGCGACGGAGGGUUUCCGCGCUGCGCCGAGGCGAGAGAAGGACAUACCCGGACGCUGCGCCCCGCCGCGCCGUCGAGAAAUGAGCGGCCCGGAGGCGCUGGUCCGCGCAUGACGAGCGGCGCUCCCGAGUGACGGCCUCGCUUCUCGGAGCGCGAGAUGGCCGACGCGAGACGCUGCCUGCUGCUGAUGGCGUCGCUGCUGUGCCGCGCCGCGGCGCAGGUCGUCUGGACGCCCAUCUACCUGGACGGCAGCAGCCAGGUGGACCUGUGGACGCAGGCGUCGAGCGGCUGCGGCUGCGGCUCCCGCGGCUCGGGGGGAGACUGCGCGUGCUGCGUGCCCGAGGGCGGCUGUCCCUGCGGCCCUGCGGCUCCGCACCGCUGCGCGCAGUGCGGCCUGGAGCAGCACUGCGCCGACAUGUGCAACGUGACGAUCGACUCGCGGCGGCUGGCGGCGGCCUCGGGCCGCACGUUCGGCCAGAUAAAGUCGCCGGCGGCGCCCGGGCCCGCGACGUGCCGCUACCUGCUGCGGCCGGCGGCGGGCCAGAGGGUGGAGCUGCAGGUGUACCGCCUCGUCGGCGCCGGUCGGCUGCAAGGCGACAGCUGCAGGUCCGGCUCGCUGCGACUGGAGGGUGGCGCCGAGACGAGCCAAGCGGUGGCGCCACCCGUCGAGCUGUGCGGCGCCAACGAGCGCUUCGACCCGCCGGUGGUGCUGUUCGCCGACGAGGAAGAGGCCACGCUGGUCUUCAGAGUGGAAGAGACGACGGCGCGGUCGCAGUUCCUCGCCUACUUCAGCUUCACCCCGCGUGACGGAGGCCAGGGCACCAGGUUCCAUCCCCGAGGGGGGCGGCGUGUGGAGGGCACAGACUGCGACUGGCUGUACGAGGACCCGCGCUGCCUGGAGGCCGGCGCCUGCGUGCUGGCGAGUGCCGGCUACCCGGGGCUGUACCCGCCCAGCAGGAGGUGUCGCUACCUGGUGACCGCCCCGCCCGGCGCGGCCGUCAGCCUCGCCUUCACCGCGCUCUCGCUGCCGCACAGCCGCUGCUCCACUGACUUCGUGGCGGUGUACGAGAGCGCAACCACAGCCGGCCCGCUGUUGGCCUCGCUCUGCGCCAAUAGGAAAGCUUCAUUCACUCACCCAGGCCCGCAGCUGCUGAUCGAGUUCAGCUCAGGUGCGGCUAUACCACCCUACAGCUACAAUGGCUUCUUGGCCAGCCUGCAGUUCCAGCCGACAGGUGGCAGCACGGAGCCUUCAGCAACUUCGGCGGCGGGCACGCUCACCAGCGAAUCCGGAGUCAUGAUGGACGGCAUGAUUGCUGCUUUCCCCGCGACAGGGCGUCCCGACUGCGAGCUGGUCGUCUGGGGUAACAGUUCCCGCUCCGGCCACCUGGACUCCAGGGCGCUGCUGUCGACCACCGCCUGCACCUUGAGGUUCAUCGGACGAACACAAGAUAGCGCGCAUGUCGCGCUACUCGCCUUCCGGCUCAGCCCCGCGGCGUGCACGUCGGCUAUACAAGUGUUCGACGGGCUGGCCGCCGCCGGCGACGCCCCCAUGACGGUCAUCUGCAGCCCCGACACGAAGCGCGCUCAAGACGGAGCGAGCAGGCACAUGCAGCGGGAGAAGUACACAUCGUCCCACAACGCCGUGACGGUCGUGUUCAAGUUGUCCCAAGAACUCAACAGCUCUUCCGAAGGUGACUUUGUGGAAGUAGCAUACUCAUUCCAUGAUGAGCAGGGCGCGUCGUGCGGCCAGGACCACCGCGGCUCCGCGGGCCCGCUCCGAGGACAGGUCGCCAUCGACCCGGCCGGAGAUGUCCUGGAGUCGCGGCGCUGCCAGCACAGGUUCCUGCCGGCGCCCGGCCAGAGCCUCGUCCUCUCGGUGACGUGGCUGGGAGGCAGAGGACCAGAGUCCACCUGUCACACGCAGUGCGGCGAUGGUGGCUGCCGCUGUGUGGCUGGACCGCAGGGCCUGUCGCGCGAAGACCACGUGGCCGUGUCUGCUGAGGGCGGCCCUGUCGUCACCUGCCUCUGUGGGGACUUCCAGCAAGAAUGGCUGCCGGUGAGCGUGCGCAGCUGGUCCUCGGUGAGGCUGGAGUACCACGCGGCCGCAGAGACGUCGAGGUUCGCUCUCCGCGCCGAGUACAGCUUCCAGGACGACGCCUCGUGCGGACGACACAGGCUGCUGGACGCCUCCGGAGUCAUCCGGUCGAGCGGCUCGGCGGCGCCCGCCUCGCUGAACCACUUCCAGCACCUGGACUGCUCGUGGCUGCUGGGGUCGCCGUCGGAGCGGCAGGUCACCGUCGAGGUCUCCACCAACCAGAGCCGGCCGUGCGCGGCGUGGAACAUCUCGGUGCAGACCGGCGACCCCGCGGCCGGCUGGAGGACGGCGCUCCAGUUCUGUCCGCGCGACGGGUACAAGAGGUUCAAUCUGCCGGCGGGGACCGGCGCCGUGCUGCUCAGGCUGCGCGCGCUGACGCGCGUGCCACCGGCCUACCUGGUGCGGUGGCGCGGGGGGCAGGCCGUGCCGGCGGGCCCCGCCCCCGAGUCGCCGCGCCGCCGCUCCGCCGCCCCCGGCCGCCCCCGCGUCUGGACGGCGGCGCUGGCCGCGCUGCUCCUGAGGGCCGGGGGCGCGACCGCCGCCCUCCAACCCGUCUGAACACUGCGCUCAGCACCUCGCGCGAGACAGCGAUGAUGCGCCACGUUGCAGCCGUCUUCGAAGCCCUGAUUCUUUCCUAGCCUAAGUUUAAAACCAAGUGUGUUUGGGAGGGGAAUAGGUAGGCGUCUCAGGACAAAGCCCUUGCAGGGGAUACGCCAUGCUGGAGGGGUCGCAUUAAUCGUGUGCUAGGAGGGGGAUUGGCCAACCGUGGCAGCGAUUGGCGCCAUGAGAAACAGAGUUGAAGAGGCUUUUGCUUCCCAUUACUCCAGACGUGUUAACCGAAGUGUGAGAUUGAUAUGUAUGACUAAAAGUGUUGAUAUUGAAAUUUGUAAGAAAAAACUAGGUUAUUUUAGUUUCAAUUUGAUGUAUGAUUUGUUGUGAAUAUUCUAAAUUAAACUUUUAUAUUAUACCA